AUACGCAUCGUCCCCCUUCGCCCCUCGCGGCGUUGGCGGCUAUGGCCACAGGCCUCCCGGCCACGGAGGACACCCGGGCUCCUACUACGGCGGCCGUGGCGGUCACCCACCACCCGGAUUUCCUCAAAGCCAUGUCGGCGGUUUCGCUCCGAGCCCCUAUGGACAUCCCGCAAACCAGAUGGUACCCUUUGGCUAUGGUGGCAACAAUGCAUUCUCCCCAAUGUCUCAUGCCAGUGGGCAGAGCUAUUUCCAUGACCCUCGCCAAUCCCAGUAUGAUAUGAUGCCGUAUCAGCAGCCGCAACCACCGGCUGUCUACAAUCAACCGGGCUACGGACCGAUGCAUCAAUGGGGCAUGUAUCCGUCAGCACCUCCGCCACCACCCACGGAAGCCCCCGGGCCGUCCAAGACUCCAGCAAACGAGCCAUCACCGCCACCUAAGGAGGAUCCUGAGAAGAUCAAGCUUCAGCAACAAAUCGAACUCUUCAAGAAGGAGCAGGCACAGAAGGAGGAGGAGCAAAAGCGGAAGGAGCUGGAAGAGAAGCUUCGACAGGAGGCUGAAAAGGCCAUCACUCAGAGGAUGGAGGACUUGAAACGAGCUCAAGAGCAGGCGCAGAGGGAGAUCGAGAAGGCCAAGAUCGAGGCCGAGAAGGCAGCCAGAGAGAGGAUCGAGGCCGAACGCAAAGAGGAGGAGCAGAGGCAAAAGCUCCACCAGGAGGCGAUGGCCCGCGUCGAACGCGAAGCCAGGGAGAGACUGGAGCGCGAACACAAGGCCGAGGCCGAGCGAAAGAAGCUUGAAGAAGAGGCCCGCCUCAAGGCCCAAGCCGAGGCGGAGCAAAGGCUCAGGGAUGCCCUUCGCGCCGAGGCCGAGCUCAGGGCCAAGGAAGCGAAAGAGGCCGAAGAAAAGCGGAAGUGGGAGGAAGAGAUGAAGAAGAGAGCCGAAGAAGAGGCCCGCGCCAAACUUGAGGCUGAGAAAAAGGCGGCUGCCGAGGCUGCCGCAGCGCAAGCCAAGCUCGAGGCGGACCUCAAGGCCAAGGCCGAAGCUGACUAUCUCGCCCAGGUCGCAGCCGCGAAGAAAGCUGCCGAGGAGGAAGCGGCAGAGGCCAAGCGACGGGCGGAGGAGGCCAGGCUGAAGGCUGAAGCCGAGUAUGCGGCUGCGCUGAAGGCCAAGGCCGACGCGGAAGCCGCGAAGAAGAAAGAGGAGGAGGAGAUGAAGGCGAGGGCCGAGUUUGAGGCCCGCAAAAAACUUGAGGACGAGAAAAAAGCUGCCGAGGAAGCUGUCGCCGCUGCCGAAGCCAAGAAGAAGGAGGCAGAGGAGCUCAAGAAGAAGAUCGCCGAGGAAACCAGAGCCAAGUACGAGUCCGAGAAGGACAAGGGCAAAGACAAGGCUCCAAUCAAGUUCAAGGAUGCCGUCGGCAGGAAGUUUAGCUUCCCCUUUCAUCUUUGCUCGACCUGGACGGGCAUGGAAGAGCUCAUCAAGCAAGCCUUUGUCCAUGUGGAUGUCAUCGGCCCCCGUGGUCCCCCUGCCGGUGCCAGAAUUGUCAACGUUGAGCCCCCCAAGCCGAAACACAAAAAGGCCCAGGGCUCGGUGCUUAGCUGGGUGGCCGGUGGUGCAAAGGCCCCCAAGAAGAAGACCAGGAAAUGAUCAUCAUUAGUGCGCCAUGCGAAAGCUCUACUUUGGAAUCCUGCUACGAUAACGCUUCCUGCGGACUUAUGGUUUGGGAUCUUUUUGGUUAUUUACACAUGAUACCUUUACGCGUCUAUUUUCUUCUCUGCUUUGCUU